AUUGCUAUUCCCUAUUCCGAAACUCUUGCGCGUGGCCUCCUUCUUAUCGCCAGCCAGCCAGCCACCAGUUACCUGCUGCCUCCACCAGGCCACCAAACACACCUUAAACACGUGGAAGUUUUCAGAUCGGCUCAUUAAACAUGCUCCUUGGGUAGCCAAUUACGAACGGAUAUUGGUCGGAUAUAGUCCUCGAUAUGGCAGACAGCAGCAAUAACGCCCAGUCCCCAGCCCCCAUGGAGGGUCGAGAUGAGGUAGACUUCAUUGUGGCCAAACACAACAACAACAACGAGUAUGGAGAUCUGCGAAGCGUGAGUCAGGCGGUCAUCCAAAACACCAAAGCACCAACCACAACAGAAGCAACAUCAGAAGCAGCAACAGCAACACCAAACAUCGAACCAAACAGCAACACCCUGAAAAAGUCCAAGGAGCGUCGCACCCUCUUCCAUUUCGGGAGCAGCAGCAAGAAACUGAGUCAGAGCAAGUCCCAGGAUGAGGUGGAGACCACGACCACCUCCACAAUCGUUGCCCCGCUGCCGCCGGUGCCGAUUGGUACGCCGCCCAGGCAGCACAAGUUCGUCAAGAGCAACAGUCUGGCCCGGCUGCUGGGCAACACCUACAACGCCAAGAAGUUCGAGAAGCAGGAGCAGAAGCGUCUGGCCAGCGGAUCCGAGGGCGGAAAGUUCAACACCUACAGCGGAAGGCGCGGCCGGGCAGGACCCUACCUGGAGCGCUUCAAGCGGGUGUCCAAGGAGGACGGAGACAUUGCCGGCGGUGAUGACUCUGUUCGAGUGACCAAUGUCAUCACGCUGACCACGGACUCGCGGGAUCUGCUGUACGGCAGCCGGCAGGAGCAUGUCGGCCGCACGGCUGGCCACGAGCAGCCCAGCUCCAAAGCCAUUCGCACUCUGACCCGCAGCCUGGGCAAGCUCUGGAAGCGUACACACAGCGUGGACAUCAGUACGCCCGAUCCGGAGUUCAAGGUCUCGUAUCUGGGGAACGUGCUCACUGGUUGGGCCAAGGCAGGUGAGGGUUGCGUGGAGAAGCAGCUGAACACUUUGUGGCGCAACUACACCCAGCACUCCAAGCCGGACGUGAUCAUGCGACUGAAGGUGUGCGCCUCGGGUCUGAAGGCCACCACCCGGCAGCAUGGUCUUACGGAGUACUGGGCCCACAGGAUCACCUACUGCUGUGCCCCGAAGAACUAUCCGCGGGUCUUUUGCUGGAUCUACCGGCAUGAGGGCAGGAAACUGAAGCACGAGCUGCGAUGCCAUGCGGUGCUCUGCAGCAAGGAGAAGAUAGCCCAGGAUAUAUGCGAUACGCUGAGGGAGAACCUCGAGAGUGCUUUGCGUGAAUUUAAACGCGAGAAAAUUCUGAAGCAAAACGCUCGCCUCAGCCUGGCCAACGCCGUCUACGACAACCCGAGCUUGCCGCGCCGCAAGAUCAUGCUGAGCGUCGGCGGCAACAACUACCGACCCCCCUUGGAGCGCUCCAAGUCGGCCCCCAAACUGAUGGCCAUCGAGGAGGCCAUCGGCGAAGAGGAGGGUGACGAGAUCGAGGACACUAACGAGCCGGAGAUGAAGCCCUGCUGUCAGAAAGACUCCCUCUACCCGGCCAUGACGCUGGGCAGGCGUCGUUGUCGUCGCGGUCACUCCAUCCGGAGAACUGGAAAGAUUCAGGCAUCCUCACUCUGCUGCAGCUCCCACAUGUCCCUGGAGGAGGAGGAGGAGUCACAAAAGGCAGCAGCAUCUGCGAUAAUUCCGGCUAACGAAGGCUCCGAUUCGGAUGACUUCGAGAAGCUGCUGAAGUUCGAACCAACCCUGAGCACUGAGUUGCUCCCCUACUUCGACAUGCAGCUCCAUAAGCAGGGCAGUCAGAGCAUGAUGAGCCUCAGCGACCUGAAGGAGGAGGAGGAGGAUGGUGAACCGCUGAGCCUGCUGCCCACCAUCAACAGCGAUCCCAGUGCGGAUCCGGAGGCGGACUACGCAAAUGAGCCCACCCUGCGCCGCAGUGGAGUGUGCAGCGACGGGGAAGAGGAUUUCCUGGACGAUGCAGACGAGGAUCACUACUUCCGGCAUGCGGCCAUGCUGACCAUGCUGCACCGCAGCUCCAUGCGUAAAAUGCGUGCCAGCGAUCAGGCCAGCCUGCAGUACCGCCACCAGGCGCAGUCGUCGAUUUCCUCCAAUGCCUCCAGCUCUACCACAGCCAGCAGUUCGGCGGCUGCCGGCGUAGGUGGAGGAUCCGCGAAUGGACAGGGAAUGCCCAGCCCGGACAGCGAUGAGGGAUCCAUAUCCAGCGGCUGCGAAACAGCUAGCACUGUCACAAACGCCAACCACGAAGAGUACAACAAUGCCAAGCGGAACAAUGAUCCCGGGCAACUGCAGCAGGGGGAUGAUCUGGAGCUGGAGCAGGCGCAGGCGCAGGUGCUGGAGCAGAUGAUGAUCUACCAAAGACUGGAGCAGCAGCUGCGCCACAACAGCAGCGGCGAUGCCACCAAUUACAGUAGCUCCAGCAGCAUCACGCUGAAGCACAGCGAUUCCGGCAGCGACAAGCAGGAGAGAAAUGACCGAGCCAUCCAGGGCGACGACUCGGACAGCGAUGAGUCCGGCUACGUGGAGUUCCAGGAGAAGGAAAAGGAACAACCCGUCCCUCAACAGCAACAGCCUGUCACCAGUCAUCAGACUCUAUCGAAGAUUCCAACCGCCAAGCCGAAGAUUCCGCCUAAGCCGGCACCGCGCCGAUCCCUUAGUCUCAAUGUGGCCACCGCCGGGUCCACGGCAUCGUCCGCUGGAAAGGCUCCCGGCACCGCCGUCUAAAUGAAAUGCUUUAACCCUUGAAAUCACAACGGAAACCCGUCUACAAAUUGUUAUUUCUGCACACCCGUCAGCGACCACAGCAACAAAACCAAGCAAAGUGCAAGAAAUUUAAAUCGUAGCUAUAGUUAAUCAUUAGUUGAUAGUCCAUAAGUCAUUUGUUGUUGGUUUAUCGAGAGGAAGACCUAACGAUAGUCCCUCAUCUUCCCAUUCCCCCAUUAUCCA